AUGCACCCCUUUUCCGUCCUUACGCUCGGCAUCUUCGUCGCUGGCUACAUCACUGCCCGCUGGGACCUUGUUACUCGCCUCUAUGAACUUGCCAUCUUUGCCUGGGAAAACGGAGUUGUCACGCGCGCGACAAAGGCCUUUGCUGCCCUAACCAUUCUCUUCCUUGCCGUGUUCGCUCCCACCGUACUGCUUGCCACUCAAGAAACGAAUCUGUCGCUUGUCAUGGUAGAGCAUGAUGGGUUGAUGAGAGUGUUCUGGCCGACGGACAUUCCUAAGUCGGAUCGUCCUGGUGUCGUGGUGGGAUGGCGCAAUUCCAUCUUGGAUGUCUUUGUCGUGGCCAUCCUUGAAGAUGUUGACGCUAGGAUCACCGAGUCGCAUCUCAAGGUUGGCACCUUCUUCCGCAGCGAGGCUCACCCAGCCAGCCAAAUCAGCGAUAUGUGCGGACAUAGUUCGAUGCAUGUCCUCGGCCUCUCGAACGCCCCUGAUCCAAGCCUGGCCGAUCCAUCUUGGCUUUGCGCGACAACAAAUACGAAUCCAAGAGUACCAAAAAUUACUUGCUCCCGAGCCGUCAGUGUUCAACUCAUCCUUUACGAUCGACCCUAUCCUCAAGGGAUGCAAUACAUAUCAUUAAACCCAAUUGCUCUUGCGCUUGGUCAUGAUGGAUCGCAGUUGGACGACACAAUAGCACCAGAGGGAGAGGAGGAGACUCGAGAACGUGAGAUGAAGGAGGAGAAGCGCAAGCUCGUUGAGAAGCUCAAGCUGCACACAAUCUCGAAACGGGUGCCCUCCGCCCGCGACAAAGCUUUACCAAAGAUCAUCAACCAAGUCAAUUGGUCCUGGGAGCUCGAAAAGACGCUGCAGAAGAAUGUCGGGCGCAUAGGGACGAGACCUCGACGCAGCCUCAGUGUUUCGGAGCGUGUCGUCGAGACUGCUUCUACCAUGAGGAACUAUGUCAUCAUGCAACUGUGGACGUGGUGUACUCUGUACAUCUUCCCCAUUGGGCAACAGGCACUAAUUCUUGGGCUCAUGGGAUAUCGGAUCAUGACAGAGAUGUUGCUCUUGUUGCUCGAGUUCCGGAUCAAGCCUGGUUACGCGGCAUUGAAGGACAUUUCGGCCACAGCUCAACAAGUUGAAAUACGCCUUCAACAGUUUUGUUACUGGCCGAUGCAGUACAUGACGCUGCGGCAACGCAAAGAUAAUUGGGCGAGCGUCACCACGAGCCAUCCAGACUACAUCCGAUUCUACAACAGCUUGUGGCUCGUUGCCAACGACGUCAUUAUUGGCAUUGCCCUCGGCUCAUAUAUCAUUGAGAACGCCGACUGGGUAGCGACACAAAUCGGCAACUUGCUCCGCACAUAUACCGUCGAUGCGCUACAGAGCAGCAUAUCAUGGUUGAUGGGUUGGCCUGCUGGCCUCAAGCUUAAUACAGAGCUGGCAGCCUUUUUGGGGGAUCUGUUCCUAUGGGUCAUUGACUACUGGUCUAGCUGUAUCGAGACUCUGACUCCGGCGCUGCCCAAGAUGGUGUGGUUCAUAGGAUUCUCUUCCUUUGCUGGGGCAAGCAUGCCCAUUGCUAUGUUCUCGGAUAUGCUCUCCACGUUGACUAUCCACAUCUAUUCGUUUUAUUUGGCGUCUGGGCGGAUAUAUCACUGGCAGCUGACGAUUCUGCAAUCCUUGUUCCACCUCUUUCGUGGCAAGAAGCACAACAUUCUUCGCAAUCGUAUCGACUCUUGCGAUUAUGAUUUGGAUCAGCUCCUUGUCGGCACCAUCCUCUUUACUCUGCUCUUCUUCCUCUUGCCGACAGUUGCCGUCUUCUACCUCAACUUUGCCAUUGCCAGGAUGGCCAUCAUCUCUCUCAAGGCCGGGUUCGACACGGCCCUGUCUUGCCUGAACCACUUUCCGUUGUUUGCGCUCAUGUUGAGAAUAAAAGACCCAAGGAGACUGCCAGGCGGCAUUCGGUUUGAACUUCGAGAUACCCACGAUUAUAGACAUGAUACCACGAGCAGCGCUGAUGGACCACCCCCUACCUCGGUCAUCUAUCUCAAGUCAAUCCCUUUGACGUUUCGAAUAAUGUUCAACCAGUACUUCCAAAUGGCCAACCGCAUUAGGAAACACUACUUGUCACCAAAGGUCUUUUUCUGCCUUCUGACGGGCAUGUUUGUGCCACCUAUCAACCGUAAGAACUUGUAUAGUCUUCAGUACAGCAUGCUGCCAGCGCGAAGGGCCACCAUCCGAGAGAUGUGGAGGGUAUUGAAUAAGCCCCGGCCAGCGAAGAAAUUUCCACUCCCGUAUAUCCCGCCGUUACCCAACGGUGGAAGACGGACAUCAGCGAACAUUGGGAGGACUAGAUAA